ACACUCUGACACUUUACUUUAUUUCCAUUGACGGGGCCCGUCACCCAACGUCGACAAAAAUAAUCGGGCACUUAAGAAAUGAAGAUGUUCGGUCGAAUACUUUGGAGCCUCAAAUUUGGUGCAUCUUGAUGGAUAGUAAAACCAUCAAUUGAAUAUGGCGACAAAUCUGAAAUUGGGCGGGGAUCCCCAACUCGAUCCGCCCGAGUUCUUUGGGGAAACACAUAUACGACGGCACUUAGUCAGAAUUCCACGAGACCAACGCAAACUUCUAGAUCGACAGGAAUCAUGGGCACAAUUCCUUAAUGUUGGCCCUAAGCGUUUUCUAAACGUGCCCCCCGAAGUACUAGAGAAUCUAAAAAACUGCCAUGCUAGACAAUUACAACCAACGCAGUCGGAUAAGCCGAGCUCCCCGGACGAUCCAAAAGAAGAAUCAGAUAAUAACGAGAAGGAACAGGAUGCCGUCUCUUUUUCGUCGCAAGUCGCUCAUUCUGAGCCUGAUGCUAAUAGUAACGAUGGUGACAACAGUGAUGCCGAGGAAACGUGUUCUUGGGCAGAGAGUCCCGAAUCGCACAAGCGUCCUCCCAGGGAAAUCCGGACGGCAAGCAGUGAAGACAAUGGACAGCAAUUUCUCACCCAGUUACAGCAACCCAUUUCUUCUCCUCGACUUACAGUACCUACACCUAUCCAAAGAAAACCAUUACCACCCUUCCCACCAAGCAGUCAGGAACAAGAGGAGACCCUGGAUAUCGAAGUACCAACUGCAAUUGGUGAUAAAAUUCCUCCUCUCAAUACAUUGGCUGCUCAGAAAUCUACAACGCCGACUUCUGCCCAGAUUAUACCAUGUACCUUUCAACAGUCGGAGCAAUCAUCUACACUCUCGAAGACAAAGGGAAAAGAACAAAGGAUUUACAAAACCCCCAAAUUCUAUCGCCCAGGAGAGAAAUCGUCAUCUUUAAUGCAUCGUAAAGCAGACAGCGCAAAGCCAGACCACUCUUCAACCGACAGCCAAGGCUCCACUUCAACAAUGAACCCAUCAUCCUCUAUAAUACCAUCGACGAUACCCAUUCGGACUCCAGGAAACGGUCGCCUGCCUGUCUGGCGUGCUAAUCCAGUGAUUUCCACAUCCAAGGAGUCACCCAUCAAUCGUGAAGAUCCUAGUGCCCCAACAUCUCCGCCGACCCGACGAUCUUCCCCCGAGUACAGACCAACUUCACCGCGACUUAGAUCUUCGCCACUUGCACCACCUAUUGCCCAAACUACGCCAUCAACCGUUACUCUGCCACUGUCUGCGUCGCAUGAACCAUUCAUCCGCUACUGUUUGACAUAUAUAAAUUACGAGGGCAGUCUCCGCGACUUCUUGAAGCCGUGUGUAUACAUUCAACAGCAACUGCAAUUACAACGGUGGCGAAUACGGACAUCGUUGUACGAUGACUUCAUUCGAGCUUGGAACGAAGGGUAUGAACAGUAUGUGAGAGAUUGCGACCACUCAGACCCUCCCGUGAAGGCUCUAAAUGCAAUAGAAUGGUACAAUAACAUAGAUGAUGAUCCAUUAUACACUUCACGGGUCAUUACGAGGCAAAAUCUCGAGUCAACCCUUGAGCAUUAUCCCGAGGAGGUUCAGUUGAUUCAAAGUACCUUGGGCACACCCAAAAUACGAGGCUCCGAGACAGCGAUAAGCACCCCAGAUGCGGCUCUUUUGGCUAGGAGCCAUAGAUCGACUUCACAGGAUAACGGUACGCAGAAUGUUAAGGUGAAAAUUGAAGAUUCACCCAUUACGAGCCCCAAAAUGGUCGGAGAUGGCCUGCGUCUCAUGCCAAAACCAGCCAUUUCCACGCUACACCAAGAAAGCAAAAAAAUCAUACAGCUUCAUAAGUCAAUGAGUGAAGCUGAUCAAAAGCUUGUUACAUCCAAAGGGCUCCAACGAUCGCUUUCUGAGGCUACUUACCAUAAAAGGAAAGCCAGCAAGGACCUAACUAAUGGUGCAUCGAAGAGACUUUCAGUCAAUUCGCUCGCCGGAUCCGACUCGGGGAGUAACGCCAGCAUGAUUGAGCCUCCUGGAUCCCCCUUUCCCUCUUUGUAUCCCAUCAGCCAGAAAAAGAAGAAGAGAUACGAUAACGACCCCUUGAAGAGAGCUCGAGACUGGGAGAAGUUCGUAAUAAAGCGAAGGCAGCGGGAAAUGGAUGGCAUUGCGAGCUCCGCGCCUGUAAGCAAUACGCCGACCUCCGGUCAGAGAGAAUGAAUAGUAGUGUAAGAAAGAGGUAUAGGGCGUUUCUGCUUGUGGCACUAGGAGUUAUUGCGUGCAUAGUAGGCUCAUAGAGCCAAAGAUACCCUGUUUUAUUAUCAUUUGUGGAAACGGGAUUUCCCAUCAAAGAGGUUUUGCUUGAUGCCCGAUGAGUGCCAGGACUACUUAUGUAACUAAGUACCUAGGUCCUUAAUAGAAAAUACAUGCAUAUCAACCUACAUAAUCGUCU